GGUUUGAUGGGUCUGACCCAAAUCGCGGCAGACGUGCCGGGAAGGCCGAGCGCGCUGACGCGAGGGAGAACGCAGCACCGGGGCCGGGCUCUGGGUUCAGUGACUUCCCGCGAGCAUCUCCCCGUGUUAGCGAGGCGGAGAGCUGCCCGCACCCGCGCAGCUUCCCUCGGCGCUCUCCCCGGGCUGCGCUCGGUGACUCAGGGCUCCGCCGCGCCCUCUGAAACUGCCCGGGCUUGGUCGCGAGGGCAGAGAGCUGCUUUAUGGGCCCGUGGAGCUCAAAGUGGGGGUUAAAUAAGUGAAAUGGCACAGCUCCUUGGAUAUUCAAGCAAUUUUUCCCUUGGCAUAAAAAUUCCUGGACGCCACAGGGGGACGUACUGAUCAUGGACAGUGAAGAAAUCCCAACUUUUUCAAGUCCAAAGGAGGAAACCGCGUAUUGGAAAGAGCUUUCCUUGAAGUACAAGCAAAGCUUCCAGGAAGCUCGCGAAGAGCUGGCUGAAUUUCAGGAGGGAAGCAGAGAAUUAGAGGCUGAGUUGGAGGCACAGCUAGUGCAAGCUGAGCAGAGGAAUAGGGAUUUGCAAGCAGAUAACCAAAGACUGAAAUAUGAAGUGGAAACAUUAAAGGAGAAACUGGAGCACCAGUAUGCACAAAGCUACAAGCAAGUGUCGUUGUUAGAGGAUGACCUGAGCCAGACAAGGGCCAUUAAAGAUCAGCUACAUAAGUAUGUGAGGGAGCUGGAACAGGCCAACGAUGACUUGGAACGUGCAAAGAGGGCAACAAUAGUUUCAUUGGAGGACUUUGAACAAAGGCUGAACCAGGCCAUUGAGAGAAAUGCGUUUUUAGAAAGUGAACUGGAUGACAAGGAAUCAUUGCUAGUUUCUGUACAGAGAUUAAAGGAUGAAGCGAGAGACUUACGGCAAGAGCUCGCGGUACGGGAAAGGCAACAAGAAGUCACCCGAAAGUCUGCGCCUAGUUCUCCGACUCUAGACUGUGAAAAGAUGGAUUCAGCUGUCCAGGCGUCUCUCUCCUUGCCAGCUACACCUGUUGGAAAAGGAUCAGAAAAUAGUUUUCCUUCCCCAAAAGCUAUUCCAAACGGAUUUGGUACCAGCCCUCUUACCCCUUCAGCUAGAAUAUCUGCACUCAACAUUGUGGGAGAUCUCUUACGGAAAGUGGGGGCCUUAGAAUCCAAAUUAGCUGCUUGCAGAAAUUUUGCAAAGGACCAGGCAUCACGGAAAUCCUAUAUUUCAGGGAACGUUAACAGCAGCAUGAUAAACAGCAAUGGUGCAAAGUACCCUCAUCCAGGACAUACUUCCUUCUUUGACAAAGGCCCCUGUACUCUCCUCCCUGCCCCAAAUUGUCGCUGGAGCCUGAAUCAGCCACGUGUGCUCGUAGACCCGGUCCAAUCUGCAGCCGCUGCCUUAUGAACAGCCAGUUGUUGGGUGGUGGGAUUGUGACAGAGGGCAGUAAAUGGCUUUGAUCAAGGUUCCCCUGGACUGGGAGCCUCCAGACCUUCAUCGGCACCUGGCAUGCUCCCCCUGAGCGUAUGAGUCAGCGCGAGGUGGUGUUUGGACUUGCGGAUGCUUUUCUCAGCCCACCAAGAGACGAACUGCUUCAGUUUCCUCCCCAUUCCCGCCCCCCUGGAACACAACCUGCCCCGUGGUGUGCAGCAGUCCCUGCCUGGCUGCUGCUGGAGGAGGCCCUGUGCUCACAGCCCCUCGUGUCUUGUUAAUAGUUAACUUUCUCCUAUUGCUGUAGUGGACAUGUUCUGACUUGGCCCCACGCCGCGUCGCACAAGCUGAGCCAUGUAGUGCUCUGUUUCAGGGGCUGCAAAACCUUGGCCAGGUGCUCCUUGCCCUGUCACUUUAUCUCUUCUCUAACUUAGGUUUGGUCUAACAAAAACAUUCGCUGCUUUUCUUAAAGGCCACACUUCUUGCUGCCCGUCCCCUCCAUGAUCCUGCCACUUAACCACGCAGCUGCUCUACUCCCCAGCAGGCUCAAACCCCUCAAAGCAGACACGGGGUAAGGUGAGGGAGGUGGCAAGACAUUUGCAGCUGGGGAUCAGGUCUGGGUCUGUAACUGAGUUACUGCAGAUUAAUAAAUAACGGCUGUGCAGGGUGCAGCUGGUGGGUGUCUGCCUCCGGCCUUGCCCCGGAGCGGGAAGGGGAGGACAAGAGCAGCUGCAGCCCUGCCUGUGCAGCCCCAGCAGCGGGGGGCUGCGCCUCGGCUGGGCCUGGGCUGGGGGGGGGAGCAAGGAGAGGGGUGGCAGCAGCCCUGGGGGCACCCGGCCCAGGCCCAGCACCUGUCAGGCACUGUCACAGCCCUGAGCCCAAUCCGGCAGCGGGAGUGGGGCUGCAGCCUUGGCACAGGAGCUGUGGCAGGUCAGCAACGUGUGGCUGCUGUCAUGAGCUGAGUCUGCAGGGUGCCUGCACCCCAAUGCCCCCAGCCCCGGGAAGCCACCCUCCGCAACGAGCCUUCCCCACCUCUCCGCACCGAGACGCUGAGCUCGUUAGGAAGCCGCUAAGCCAAUGGGCCACACUGCCCAUGCCAUGCCCCCUCCCAGGACCCCAUAACCAUCAAAACCAUGUUCAGAUCUGUGUAAUAUAUGACUGGAUUUUACAGUGUCACCUGCAGGCUUCUGUGACAGUUUUGGGCGACUGUGUACCUUGUGGGUCUUUCAAGCAAUGUAUUUGUGCGAGUUCUCUGUCUAUGUGCCUCAGAGUUGGUGGAUUUCAAAAUGAACCAGCAAGCCCAGCUGGGGUUUGAUCAGUAGGUUAAAAAGAUCUUCUUCCCAGUUUGGUCCAUCACAUUCCGUUGGCUCUGCAGCUCUACAUUGGUUUAGUUACAAGCGCUGAGAAAAAAACAUUGCCCCCAGAAGAAGGGUGGUGGGAACAUCACCCCUUGCUGUUAGGGCUUGUAUGAUCCUCCUUUCCUGUGCAUCCUCUGCUGCAUUUGACUGUUUACAUUUGUUUUAUUGUACAUAGGUUUGUAAACAUAAUACCUUUGCCUAAGAUCUUUGUACAUAACUUGGGCUUUGUAGCUUUAUUUAUUCAAAAUCUAUAUGGCAUGUUUCAAUAGGACAGUGUACCAUACCACCGAGGUGACACAGAUAUUGAUGCAGUUUAAAAACAGCAAAAUGAUUAAGCUGAGCAAGUACUCUUCCAAAAAUAAAGUUCUUUUAAUGUGGAA